ACAACAACAACAACAGACUCCUGCAGUGCCCGAGAUCCGCAAGCCAUCGGUGGACAGUAGUAGUUCGUCGUCGACCCAUGACGACGAUAAUAAACAAUUCUUAUCUUUACACAAGACAGUGUCAUCGCCUUCUGCAUCCGUCCACAGACCCCGGUCCAGCAUGGACGAAGUGGCCAACAACGGCACGGUGGGUCGCAAGAUGUCAGUGACAGAAGCCAUUCCGGUACGACGCCGACGGUCGACGCUGUUUGGUAUUUCGAAUGUUUCAGCGGACGAUUACAUUCAAAAAGAUCUGAUCUCCAGUUCUUGGAGUUGAAGGGAAAAAAGGAUGGCUGGUGUAACCAUUCGCAAUGGGUGGUUGGUGGGUGGUGUGCCAAACAACUUCUUGUAAGAUUAUUAUUUUGAGGCGGAGGCUGUACUUGCUUAAUUACCUCCUCUCUCUCUCUCUCUCUCUUAUAUACAUACGCUCUUUUUUUCUUUCCCC